GCGGGCCCGGUUCGCGGCCACCGCCCGACGCAGCGGGCUCCGGAAAGCGCUAACGUGAGAGGCCCUUUCCCGCCUCAGGAGAGCCUUUGGCCGGCGCCAGACCAGCCGCGGGAGGCCUUCCCCCGGCAGCGGCGGGCGGGAACGCCGAGCGGUUCCCCGACGGGGAGAGCCAGCCGGGCCGCCGCUGCUGGGCUGCUUCGCCUCGGUCGGCAGCAUCAGAGGCUGACAGGGCCCGGCCGCGGCGAGCGCCCUCGCCCUCGGCCCAGCCGGAAGGGGCGGUGCGGCGGCGGCGGCGGGCCCCGGCGGCAGCUGGCGGUUGCCGCGGCGCCGGGAAGCCCCGCUGCGAAGCGGAGAUGGCGGACGAGGCGCUCUUCCUGCUGCUGCACAACGAGAUGGUGGCGGGGCUGUACCGCGCCGCCGAGCAGGGCGAAGGGGUGAGUGGGGCCGGGGCCGCGCUGGGGGGCCGCCCGGCAGCGGCUGGGGCUAACGCUGCGGCGGCGUCUCGUGUCUUGCAGGAGAACGGCCGGUGCACCACCAAGCUGGAGAGCAUGGGCUUCCGCGUCGGGCAGGGGCUGAUCGAGAGGUUUACAAAAGAUACUGCCAGGUUCAAGGAUGAAUUAGAUAUUAUGAAGUUCAUUUGCAAAGAUUUUUGGACAACUGUUUUCAAAAAACAAAUAGAUAACCUAAGGACUAAUCAUCAGGGUAUUUAUGUCCUUCAAGACAAUAAAUUUCGUCUCUUGACACAAAUGUCUGCAGGAAAGCAGUAUUUAGAACAUGCACCAAAGUAUUUAGCAUUUACCUGUGGACUAAUCAGAGGAGGCCUAUCGAAUUUGGGAAUAAAGAGUAUUGUAACAGCUGAAGUUUCAUCAAUGCCUGCAUGUAAAUUUCAGGUGAUGAUACAGAAGAUGUAGAGCACAUUCAAAUCUGGGUAUCUACCUUAAAAAUCCUUUGUGUGUGGAUUCAGUUUCUUGGUUCAGCUUUGUAUGUAGCUUGUAAAUUAUAGCAGUGUGCAGGCAGCACAAUUUCAAAAUAUAUAAUAAAAAGUUCAUCAAAAUAACUUAACACUA